UACAUGUACACAUAAAUGACAGUAUUAUUUGAAGGGGAAAUCUGAUUUUCCAGCCUCUUCCUUUUAUGCGGUUUCCUAGAGGUGGCAGCACUGCUUACUCUCUUACAAGGCGGGCAAGUUGUGAAAGGACUUCACACUCAGCAUCGGUACCUGCCUGAGCCAAAAUGGGAAAGACGGUCAGGGAUUUGUUGCUGGACAUUCUGGAGGAGUUGACAGGUGCGCAACUGAAGAGGUUUAAGAGCAAACUGAAUGAAGUGCAGUUGAAACCUGGAUGUAAGAACAUCCCAAAGGGCAAGCUGGAGAAAGCGGACACAGAUGACCUUACUGAUAUGCUGAUCGAGUACUACACCGAUGGUUAUGCCCCCGAGGUGGUCCAUACUGUGUUGGAAGAAAUCAACAUGAAAAAUCUCGCCCUUCAACUGUUCGAAUCAGUCGGGCGGCCAGAACCUGAAGGACAAGCAGCUGCUUCCUCUUCCAGUGAAGCACAGAGCACUGCUGUGGAACAAGAUGAAGGUAUCCAUUUUGUUGAUAAGUACAAAGCAGAGAUUAUCCAGCGGGUGACAGUUCCUGACUCUAUUCUGGACAUCCUGCAGUCCGAAGGUUUGCUUGGAGAUGAGGCUUAUGACCAAAUACGUUCUAAAUUCACCAAUCAGGAAAAAAUGCGAGAGUUGUAUGUAAAAAGUCGUGGUUGGGGCAAGUCUGACAAAGACAAGUUCUAUAAAGCACUAAGAAAAGAGCAGCCAUUUCUUGUCAAGGAUCUGGGAGAAAAAUGAAUUUUGUUAUCUUUCUACGGUAUGACGGGUUAAUUUUAUACUUUUUACAUUGCUUGAAAAGGACACAAUUUUAAGAGUCAAUACUGGAUAUUCCUUUUAAAACUACUGUCAGGAGUUAAGGAAAAAAAUAGCUUCUGCAUGACUGCAUUACUCAGUACUGAUUCAUCAUACACUAAAUUGAAUGUAAGUUUCCACAUAACUAAAAUUAUUAAUUUUGACUUUGUUUGUAUGGUGAAAGCUGAAAAUCAUAUUUUUCCAAUUAUAUAAGAGUUUCCUCCUGGAUGUAUAAUUUAUUAAAUUCCCACAUGUUAAUAUUUAAAAACAAAUUGUACAACAGAGGGCCAGUACAGCUGAGCUUCCAGAUUUAUCUGUUUCUUUUAACACCACUGACACUAGUACCUUUUAUUAGACUCAACACAUCAAAUCCUUAGCGUCAUAAAAAAUUUUUAAUUAGAAGCAACAAAAUUAAUGAUUUCUCAAGAUAAGAAUGACUUGGAAUCAUGCAGAAGAGAGCUUAUUAAAACACACAAGCUUUCAUGCCAAAAGUGUUUCUGGGAACCAAACACAGCGGACUUUAUUAAAACACAUGCAAGCAAUCGCACCAAAUACAUUUUGUUUGCAUCUGACAUAAAAGCCUGUUUAUGUAAAAAAUUCUUCUGAUUGUUUUCUGGAAGCAUUUUUGGUGUGAAAGCUUGUAUAUGUUUUCAUGAAGUGCCUUCAAAGUGCAUUUGGUGGCAAAGGUUGUAUAAUUAAAAAAAAAGUUUCUUCUGCUUGGUUCAUGGAAUUGCAUUUUGUGUAAAAGCUUGUAUUAAUAACAUUUCUUCUGCAUGGCUCUUGGUCAUUCUUUUCUUGAAGAUCUUUUAUUAGAUCUUUUUAAAGAUUGAAUUAUAUUUCUAGCCCUCUGCUUUCAGUACCCAUAGUGCUUUGCUGAAAUGUAUUUUGUUUUGGGUACAGAAGGUUGUCCAACAGUGCAUACUGUCAGUUGUUUGGUCCAUUAUUUUAACAGUGUUUAUGCAUUUGGUUGUGAAGUUUCUUUGGUGCUCAUAUCAGUUUUACAAUGCAUGCAUAAAAGAAAAUGCCUUCAUUGAAAGGACUGUGGGUUGAAUCCCAUGAUGCACUUCUCACAUUAUGGAUGCAUUACUAUCGAAAAUACUAAUGUUGGACAGAAGGAGAAAUAGAUUUUGGCAUUACUUCUUAAGUUGAGAAGUAUAUUUGUUUACAAAGAAGAAAAUCAAAUUAGCAGCCUGGCCCUUACUAAAAACACCUUUGAACUCAACAGAUUAUAUGCGGUUUAGUGCUAAUUUUACCCAGGAAAGCAGACAGAAUCAUGCCUGCACAGUUCCCCUCCAUUACCUAGUUUACUAGGUGUUAUACUAGCCUCAGGUGAGUUUUACUUUUCUCAUUGUAAGUACAUUAGUAGUUUCUUCUUGCAGAUUAACAAACUAGAUUGCUGGCUAUAUUGCUCUCAUCUAAUUUGCUUGCCAGUGAAAAUGUAUUUCGUACUACAUGCAGAAUUAAAGUGUAGAACAUAUAUGUACAUGUACUAUGUGAUAUACUUUCAAAUCCACAUUUAUACACUUCUUUAGUUAUUCAUUUUAGUCUGGUAGCCAUCUGCACUCUCAGAUCUGAGUAUAUGUUACUGCUAGAAUUACUAGUCUUUUUGCAUUUUUUUGACUUAGUUUAAUAAUUCUCAGGAAAGACUCUUGUAAGCCUCAAAACUGCAGUCAUCCAGAGCAGCCCUAGAAAUUACUCAUCUGUCAUCAAGUAGGGCCACCCUCACUAAAAUCUUAUCAACAAAUAAAAUGAAUACCUUACCAUGACUUGCAUAUAUCAAAAUUACAUAACAGCCAUCAGCCAUGGUAUACAUAAAGAUAACCAAAAUCAUUAGGCUGUUCACAAAAUCAAGUAAGUGAAUGUUCACAAUUUCUGACACUGGAUGUCCAACUUGUUUUUACUCAUCCGAUUGGAUUGUCCACAAUCUCUGUUGCUUGUUGCCAUUGUGCUAUUCUCACUGGAAGUAUUUGGGAAAGUCUCCUGUUCAGAAGACUAUUUCAUUGCUUUCAGUCCAGCCUAAGCCCCUCUCUGAUCAAAACUGCAGUCAUAACUGAAUCUUCACACCCCUCUUUAGUGGGUACAAGAACUCAAAAAUCUUCAUUUAAUUGGACUCCACUGUACUGUCUAAUGACCCAUAAGACAUCCUGUGCAUCUACAAGAGUCUUAAAACCUAUAGAAAAGAUAUACAUCAGGAUACAAAAGAAGAAAUUUGCAUCUUUUUAGUAUACGUUUCUGUAUACAUUCAGGAAGUGGUGUCUUUCUUUCAUCUUUGAGCAUACAUACAGUAAAAAUGUCCUUUCUUUCAUAUCUGAGUACAGUAAUUAUUUUAAUGAAAAUAUGUUUACUUCUCAUUUUAUAGUCUUGACCAGGUCACCACUAUGUUGUUAGAAUUUGUUCCUUAAUUUUGUGUCGAUAAUUAACUAGGACAUGCUUGGUUUAACCUGAUACAACUUUUGCACCAGUUACAGACCACCAGUGAAACCUUUCAAUUUUGAUUUGCUUGUUUGUUACGCAUAUUAUUCCAAGUCACCAGCUUGUGUUGCAUUUAGGUUAUACAGUCUAAAAUCUUUAUCCUUCUCCGGUGUGCUAGUUUUACAGAUAUUUUUCCUAAGGGGUGUAUCAUCCUGGUCAACUUGUUUGUCUUUUAGCAGCUCAGGCUUCAUCCUUAAAUCAUGGAAUCGCUGUUUUCUUCCUGUAAUUGUUCAUUAGACAUUGCAUGUGUGACUUCGUGCAAAAGAAGCUGGUGACUUGGAUCGCCUUUCGCAACAGUCAAAUCAAGGUGAAAGGGCUCACUGUUCAUUUGUACCUGGUACAGGGGUUGCAAUGGGCAAAGCCAGACAUAUGUUCAAAGCCCCAACUGUUGGUCUUUGUUUUAGUCAAAGGGUCAGCUGUUAUCACUAUCCAGAUAAUUUAAUAAGGGGUAAAAACUUUCUGUAUAAUCUUCAGAUUUCUGUUCAACUUCAGCUACUUUCACACCAAGUCAGUCUUAACUCUUAACGUCUUCCUAGAGCUAGACAUUGCAUAGUAUUUACUUUGAAACUACAGAAGAAAAAAAUCAUGGAAUACUCUGGGAGGACAAACUAAGUUCUGCUGCAAGAAAAGCUUGUUUAUUGGUUAAAUUUUAAAAACUUUUUUCUAGAAUUGCAUUAUAUAUGUGUGCCCAAGUGUCAUGUUUUGUUCUCAUCUUCUUAUUGUAAAUGGGACCUAUUUCCCUGCUGGUUUUUGUGAAGAUGCAGGGUACGGGUAGCAACAUCAGGUUAUUAAUUCUUGAUACUGACAUUUCUUUGGCCAGUCAUAAAUAUAUGUACUUUUUGAUGAAUUGAUUGUACUUUUAUAUUGCAAAGAAAUAUUUUAUGCAGCUGUUGUAAUCUGAUUUUCUAUGACUUGCUUUUAACUGUAUACCUCUUAAUUGGUUUAUUUUAACUUUUCAAGUUUUUUAAAUAAAAUCCCACAUGAUGUGCAUGUUUUUAUUACAAUUUAUGUGUUUUGUUUAUUUUAUUUUCAUUUGUGUGCGAUCUUGCCCACCUGUAGUGACCUUUUAUAUUG